AUGCUUCGAGGCCAUUUCCAGGAGGCUCUCGUGUACACUGCUGUCGGAAUGGAGGUCAUUUUCUGGUUCUUUGUUGGUGAAAUGAUCGGACGUCGGUAUAUUCCUGGUUAUCUGGUACCACCUGAUUACGUUUCGAAGGAGACACGUAAGAAGGUGAAGGCGCUGGAAAGAGAGGCCAGGGAAAGAGAAAGAGCUCUCCACUGA